AAAUGGUAAAAAUGUUGGAAAGCUACGAUCGCUACGAUAUAAUUUAUGUCUGUGUACGGGCACAGAGUAGUUGUGACCGGUUGAGACUGAAUGGCUGAAUUCGAUGUUUAGGGUGGAAGUUAUUACUGAUGGAGAGGGGAACCGUCGAAACGUUCUACAACAAAAUUGUUUUGUAUCUUAAGGACAGUUAACGACAUCUCGCUUGAGAGAUGGAUAAGCAUUCAUUCUAUGCAGUUGAUGACCUGCUAUAUGUGGAACUUGUGACCCAUUUUAUUAUUUACUGUUACAAUAUGCUUCCGGGAGCAGUUGUAGCCUUGUGGGCUUCCUGAGUCAUAUGCUUUGUAGAUUUCUGUAUGUAAAUGCGAAAUGUUUUGUUGGUAUUGGCUCAAUGUGCAUUGAAGAUUGUAACAUUUGUCCAUUCAGGAGUUCAAGUAUGGCAACUGCAUCGGUACUGGAUUGGACAGUAGACGAUGUUGCCAUUUGGCUGCGUGGGAAUGGACAUGAACAGUACAUAAAUUUGCUGUGUGAGAAUCAUCGUAUUGAUGGGAAAGCAUUACUUCUUUUGGCAGAAACUGACUUUCGAACAGCCCCACUCAAUAUACAGGUGCUAGGUGAUGUGAAACGACUGAGUUUAAGUCUCCGCCGUUUGCAACUGGAGAAUCAGCAAGCAUUAAUAAGUCUUGGCUAUGAUCCUGUCUCCAUGCUGCAUCUCUCAAACAGUUCUUAUUUAGGUCCAAACUCUGUGAUGAUGCAUUAUUAUGGUUCACAAAGAAAUGAGGGAAGUGUGGACUCUUUGCUGUACAUGGAUACAGAUCAUCAUCAUUACACUCCUCCGUUAUCAGAAGAUGGUCGUGCUUCCAAACUCAGGCCAGAAAUCUGGAAGGCUCUUAUAAGUCUCGGAUAUCUUUUUGUAGUAACAUGGAUAACAGCGUUUGUGAUGGUGAUUGUGCACGAUCGUGUUCCUGACAUGAAAAAAUAUCCACCCUUGCCAGACAUUUUCUUGGAUAAUGUUCCCCACAUACCAUGGGCUUUCCACAUGUGUGAACUCACAGGGACAUUGCUCCUAUUCAUUUGGCUUAUAGUUCUUAUGUUCCAUAAGCACAGGUUCAUUCUCCUGCGCCGUUUCUUUGCAUUGUCGGGAACAGUUUUCUUGCUUCGCUGUGUCACAAUGCUUAUAACUUCGCUCUCAGUGCCUGGGACACAUCUCCAGUGUAACCCAAGAGUGGGUAAGGAUUCGGAUGAAUGGAAGAAGCAUGGGGAGCUGUGGGCAAAAAUACAACAUGCCUACAUAAUUUGGAGAGGAGCAGGCAUGUCUAUCCAGGGGGUGAGAACGUGUGGCGACUACAUGUUCAGUGGCCAUACUGUUGCUCUGACAAUGCUCAAUUUCUUCAUCACUGAAUAUACACCUCGACAUCUGUACUUUGUCCAUACAUUCACAUGGCUACUUAACAUGUUUGGCAUAUUCUUCAUUUUAUCAGCACACGAGCAUUAUUCAAUUGAUGUUUUUGUUGCCUUUUACAUUACUUCACGUCUGUUUCUCUAUUACCAUACACUUGCUAACAAUCAGGCUUUGAUGCAGAGAGACUCAAAUAGAACUCGAAUAUGGUUCCCACUUUUCAGUUUCUUUGAAUCAUCUGUUGAUGGCAUUGUUCCUAAUGAAUAUGAAUCACCACUUAUUCCCCUACGGAAACUGUUUAUGUGGCUCAGAGAAAGACUGGGGAAGUUGGUGUCACUGACAGUGCAAGAAUCACACUCGAGACUACGACACAGUGAUUCUAAAAAUAAGUAGUGUAUCAUAUAAGAUAACACAGUGCUAGGAAGUUUUCGUUUUUGGACCAUGUGAUGGGUAGCACAAUUGACAGACGUACAUGAAAAUGUUUAAGAGGUGCAGUAAUACACAUUUUUUGCAAUCAUAUUAUUAACUGCAGGACUGUCAGUAAAUUUCUGUAACAUCUGAGAAAUAUGCACAGCCACAAAUAGCAGCUGAUGAAAGAACUGUGAAUCAUAUUGUGCUGGCUCGUUGAACGUAGAUAUGCUGUUUGUACACCCAAAAUUCUGUCACAUUUGUUCUCUGCCUUUUCCGUAGCCCCCCAAACAGAGCAUUUAACAAAAUUGGCAACACUGUAUAAAAUAGUUUUUUUUUUUAAAUAAAGCAAUGGCUGAAACUGAAUAAUUAAUACUGACUUUAAAACGUUUGAAUGAUGUUUUUGUGAAGUAUAUGAAGUUAUAUUUUGUGAUUUAUAUGUAACACUUAUUAUCCCAUGAGCCCUGAUACCUGGCAUGAAGUUUUGAUCUGAUACAGGUCCAAACUUGACUGAAUAUAGCUCUGUUUUGGUGAUGUGGAGGAAUUCAAUUCUGGUGCACCAUUGGAACAUCUCUGUCAGUAAAAUAAGCAGUACAGAUUACAACUGAAUUUUAUUACAACAUUAAAGUUACCACUUUCUAAGAAGAUUCUCUAUCAGAAUUUUAUAUUGUGUCCAUAGUCAGCCAAGGGUGUGGGCGACUGCCCAGGGCCACACGCCUGUAGAGGCCUCACGAGGUAUGAACCUAUACUGGACCCAUGGUAGAAAGUUUUUUAUUUUAAAGGAUAUAAAUGGCAUGUAUUGCAAAGUGUUCGGAGUUUCAGUUCUGUAUGUAAUCAGCUUGGUUACAAAUUUACAUUUGGAACUCUUCAUAAGAUCUGUAUUCUAGUCAUAAUUUAAUGCACGUAGUUUGUAAUUAAUGUUUAGGGCAUAUUAAAUAGACAUGGUCUGUCUGUCACUGACAGCAGUGGGGGGGCACUAGGAAGUGGUGUGAGGUGGCUGUUGUGUAGCUACUAAUAGGGAGGUAGAAGGUAAGAGGAGAGAGAGAAAACUGCUAAUUGUUACACUGGUCACAGUUGUUAAUUAAUGAAAUUUGAUCAGUUAAUGUCAAAUCCCAGUUAUUCAUAAGGAUGUAGGUGUAUUAUUUUUUGUUCUAUGCAGUCACUGUGAUCUUGUGUUUUAAAAUAAUGUUAUGAAUUUUUAAAGAAACCUGUCAAGCUUUAAAAAGCGAUUGCAGUGUUGGAAGAAAAUUCAGAUCCAGGUCAUCUGAAAGGAAAAGCAAAUUGAGAAGCAGAAUCAAGAAUUAAAUGAGUAACUUUUAAAGCUUUUGAAAAUAAAUUAAGUUGCAAGUAUCAUUGACAGAGAUUUCAGUGAACAGCAGAUGGAAAUCUUCCAACACUGUAAUUGAAUGAAAACUUAUCACAGCCAUAGAAGGUGCAUAUUUAAGUGAAAAUGGAGAUGUUAGUUCAACUAACGAGGAAAACCAGAAUAAGGUGCUUAGUGAAAUAUCAGGAUGUUAUUGACUGAGAAAAUAAUGCAAAAAAAUGUUAUACAACUAAGUGAUUCACAGCAAUGUAGCAUGGUAUUUAAGGGGAAAUAUACAUUCACCUGAGUGAUGAAUUCUAAAAUGAUGAUAGGAAUAGACAUUUUCAUAAUUUUCUUUGCAAUAGAUGAAAAGACUGGCAAAAAGCAGAUCUGAUAUUGUGUAAUAUACCCAGACUCUAUUGAAUGUGUUUCACAUGUCUGUUAUUUUCAGUGAUUUAGAUGUGUAUCAUGUUGACUGGAUGUUGUGAUUGGAAAUGCACUGAAGUAACAGAGGACAUACAGAAUACCCUGAAUUGGAGCAAUGGUUAUUGGAAGGAGAAGUGAUCAGAUAUGAGAACCAAUUACACAUUCUAGAAGCCAAAAGACACAGGCAACAUUUACCGGAAAUAUUGAUAAUAUUAUACAACUUUCAGUAUCACGUAAAUUAACAUAUUGUUGGGCAAUGAUUGCAAGGUGAGCAAAAAUACAAGAGCUGUUACUGAAUAAUGGCUUUGUGAACAAGCCAUGUUUGCAUGGCAACAAAGGAAGAGUGUUUUCUGUAUGAUCCGUGCCAGUAUGUUAUAGACAGGACGGUUGGAGCAAUGAGUUACAGAGAAGACUUAGCAUGUGCUGUAGUGAACUGCACAGUGUUUCAAUUAACGAUAGUGCUAUAGGUACUUGUGUUUGUGAACUGUAAGUGUUUAGUAAAUCCAAUUACCAAGCCAAACCCCAUCUAUAGUUACCUUAUCAUGUGACAAUAUAAAGGACACAAACAUCAUCUUUAGAUGCAACUCAAAAUUCAGAAAACUGUUUUCUAAAAUAUGGCCCAAUGCAUCAUGAGCAUUUCCAUCACAUAAAUGAAAAUGAGGUACAUUAUAACUGUUUAAGCCAUGAAGAGUUUAUGGGCAAGUAAAUUAAGGAAUAUGAGUAAUAAUGAAUAAAAUAAAAUUUGUUAAUGAGUUGGAAAAUAUUGUUAGACUGCACUUGAAAUGCCAUAAUUAUGAGAUGCAUUGAUAAGGAGAAAGUUUUUGCCUGAUGGAACAACUGCUGUUACAUUGACAGGUACCAUUUGCAGAGAAAUGUCAUUAAUUUUGUGGCAUACUGGCUUUACAUUUUAGAGCUGACAUGCUGUACAUUUGCAUGGCCAGGACAAUUCAGUGGCUGAGCUAGUUAUUAAAAUCAUUAAAACUGCAGAAAUUAAAAUGACUUACACAUUAUAGUAACCUAAUUAAUAGCUGUCAUUUGACAUUACUACCAUACACUUCAUUUUUUCUGAUGAACAUUUUGUAAUCUUCCCUUUUAUUAGCAGGCAGUCAUAUAUUAUAUGAGGUACAAGAAAUGAUAGAAUCUUUGACAUAAACAGUUCCCAUUUCUAGCUGCAGUUUCCACAGAUAUAUCCUCCAUUGAUCUGUGCUUAUAUCUUGUCACAUGUAGGGUGGUAUGCAUGACGAAAAUGAUGGGUUCUAGUUCGGAUGAUUAGAUUUAUUAGCACCUUGGUUAUAAUCUCUCUUAAUCACAUUUACUAGAGCGCUGUCACUGAUCAACACAUACAGUUCGCUGUUACACACUAGGGUUUUCAGUCUUCACUAGUCAUAUCCUGGCAAUGGAGAUUAUUCUGCUUCCGUUUCCCGCUGGUUAACACCCUAUGGGUGAAUCCUCACCAUCUCUCUGUUGUUGAGGUUGUUUACCAAGCCAUUGCUUGGCAACGAGUUGUUUAAAUAUGUUACAAUAUGUAAUCUCAGUUUUACCGAAUAUGCAUACUAUUAACAACGGAAAUUUGUUUUUGGCAGAGGUCAAGACCACAGUCCUGACUAAAGCAGAGGUACCCCCCACUAUCUGCUUGGUGGUUAUAUUGGUGACUACUCGUGAUAGUGACUUCUACAUAAGUACUGAAUAUGCAUACUAUUAACAAUGGAAAUUUGAAGAAAGCAGUCUUCUGGGAUUUGGCACCGUGUAUAUGUGGUGUUAACACCACAUAUACACGGUGCCAAAUCCCAGAAGACUGCUUUCUUCAUAGUCACCGCCGUGAAAGCCUCAAAUCUUACACAAUGGAAAUUUGUUUUUGGCAGAGGUCAAGACCACAGUCCUGACUGAAGCAGAGGUACCCCCCACUAUCUGCUUGGUGGUUAUAUUGGUGACUACUCGUGAUAGUGACUUCUACGUAAGAACAGAACAAAGAUGGAAUUGCAGCCCUUGGGCAUAUGUUGAUUAACUGACACUCUAGUAAUGUAACCGAAAGAUCCAACAUCACUAAUUCUGAAGUCCACUGUUAGAUAUGAUCCUAAGCCAAUUUCUUAUGUAUGGUCUAUUAUAAACUCCCUAAUUCCAGUGCCUCUAUACCAGUUGACCUAUACAAAAUAGUUUUUUGCUGUCUGAUAUCUCAAGUAUGCUACUUACAUCAUACCUAUUAGGCUCACGCCCUUGUUAGCUGGUAAUCUGUAAAUGUUUGGAAUACCAGAUGCACUGUGGCUUGGAGACAACGUAAAAAAUGUGGAAGGGUUCCAAAUGUAUAGGAGGCAGGUGCGGCUUUAGAGACUGUCUGGAUUUAUAAACAAAGAGGAACAUCCUGGCCUCUUCCAGGAAUUUAACCCUGAUCUUCUGGUUAUAGACAGGUACUUUACUGACUGAGGUAUCCAAUUUCAUCAGACACUAACGUUGAUUAUGUAUUUCGGUGGUCCCCCCUGUAAUAUAAGGCAUUUUAAAAAAAGGAAUAUAGUUUCUUCUCUGCAUCAGAUUUGAGAUAUUUGUGACAGAAUAUUAAACUGCUGCCUUCUUGGCUGUGUGUAGAUGGUUACCACAUAUCAGGGGAACCUGCUGCCUCCAUCAUCAGGGUAGAAAAUGGAGACAGCAGAUUUUGUUCAAAAUGAUAUUAACAUCUACUGGACUGUGAUGUCACAGCCCACAAGCUCAGAGUCUAUUGCCCAUAGUUUGCAGAAGUGGGCUAAUAAUUUACAUUAACAGAUUAUUAUAUAAGAUAUAAUGUAAAAUAUCAAAUUAAUUAUAUAUAUAUGAAGGUCAGCAAGAGCUACAUCUCCUGAACUCUGAUAUAAAAGCUGGUAAGAUUUAUUUCAUUUUAUGAACAGGUGCUUGGCUUUGAAAAGACCAUGAUGGAGUGCCUGUUGGAGAACAAGAAUUAGUGAAGACUGGCUGAUGAUGAAACAACUGACCAAAAGAAAAACAGAUAUGUGCUAUGAUUGUAAUGAAUUUUGUAAUACUUUAAUAAAUGUCGCACCUUUGUCACUGUAUAA